AUGACACAAGAGCCAGCGACGUUUUCGAAGACCCCUAGCAUUGAAGAUACAAUGAACAUCCAGCAUAUGAUGAACUCUACCUUGAAGCAAGACAACGACACUUGCCCUCUGGAUGCGAUUCGGGGAUAUAUCAAGUCCCUUGGAGAGAAAUCAGACCUCAAGGGCGAAUUUCAACUAGAUAUUUCUGGUUGCUCCUUCAAAUCAGAAUCGUCGGUGCGAGAAACAUGCUCUGACACAGUGGAGACGGGCUCCACGGGGCGUCAGGAGGACAGAGAACAUGUGAUUGAGCGCGUGGCAGUGCUGCACAUCGUCAACGACAAGUGGAUCAAGAUGCAGGUUUGUCAGGAUCCUGCUCUUCCCAACUUUUGCCGGCUGCCGAUGAGAAAACUCGAUUCUUGCUGCUGGGAUGAGAUGGAUUUGCCGGUGCAUGAGAUGGUCGAGGAGCUCUCUGGAAGAAGGUUACCAACGGACUACCAGCAUUUCGAUUUCCGCAGCGGGCUGCACUUUUACGAAGAUGAGUGGUCAUACGACGAGAAGGACCUGGGCAUACCAAGGAUAUCAAGCUUUGCCCGGUCCAAAAAGUUUUGGAUGGCUGGAAAGAACCGAUUCACCUUUGCGAAUUUUCGAAACGGAUAG